CGUUGACCCAGCACCUGCGCCUCUGCCCAACACCACAGCACGCACGCACACAAGCACGGCUAAUACCAGCAUCUUCACUCUACCCUACCCCCAGCACCAUGUCUGCAAAGUCCACCAUCACUUAUAACUUCGAGGGCAAGCUUGUCCUCGUCACCGGAUCGACCAAGGGCAUCGGAUUUGCCGCCGUCCGGGCCUACCGCCGCGCCGGUGCAUCGGUGGUAGUCAACGGGCGGUCGACCGAGUCGGUUUCCGCGGCUGUGGCCCGGUUGACCAAGGAGACGGCCGACGACGCUGUGCCCGAGUCUGCGCUCAUCCACGCCCUGCCGUGCGACCUGGCUGAUGGCGCCGAGGUCAAGCGUGCCAUUAGUGAGCUGGAGGCGAUCAGCGAGCUCGAUGUUCUUGUGCUCAACGCUGGCUACUACGGCGUCGUCGAGUUUGCCGACAUCGACGACGGUGCGUGGGACGACAUCUGGAACGCCAACGUCAUGUCAGGCGUCCGACUUGCACGGGCGUACCUACCCAAGAUGCUGGCGCGCAACUCGGGCAACAUUGUGUUUAUCUCUUCCGAGGCCGGCCUGCGGCCCAUUCCGCACAUGACCCACUACUCGGUGACCAAGGCAGCGCAGAUCGCGCUGGCACGCAGCCUCGCAGAGCUCACCCAGGGCACCGCUGUCCGCGUCAACUCGGUCCUGCCCGGGCCUACCUGGACUGAAGGUGUUGCCAACUUCAUUGUCGGCAUCCGCGACAAGCUCCGCGCUGACCUCGGUCCCGAUGCUGAUCCGGCCGCCGUCGAGGCCAUCACCACCGAAAAGGCCGCCAAGGACUACUUUGUCAACGAGCCGACCUCGCUCAUUGCUCGCUUCCUCGAUGUUGAGGAAGUUGCCAACGUCAUUCUCUUUAUCUCGUCCGACGCUGCGUCUGGCAUCAACGGUGCCGCCCAGAAGGCCGAGGGCGGCAUCGUCCGCCACAUUGCGUGAUCUCAUCAGAGAGUUUGGCCAGCUGCGUCGCACCUCGCCCGGGCUCGGGCCCGUAAAUGAUAUUUUUCGCAA